AUGAUAUAUACAUUACGUGGGAAAAUUCUCAAUAGCAGUAGCAGCAGUGGAAAUAAACAUGCAUCAAUUUUAAAUGCAAUUCAGAAAAGGAACAUAUCUAAGGAUAUACGAUUUGGAAGCGAUGCUCGAACGGCGAUGCUUACAGGAUGCAAUAAAUUGGCAGAUGCUGUGAGUGUAACAUUGGGUCCAAAAGGCAGAAACGUGAUAAUAGAGCAGUCAUUUGGUUCUCCAAAAAUUACAAAGGAUGGUGUAACAGUUGCAAAAAGCAUUGAAUUUAACAACAAAUUAGCAAAUUUAGGUGCACAAAUGGUUAAGCAGGUUGCUGCAAAUACUAAUGACAAAGCAGGUGAUGGUACAACUACGGCUACGAUUUUAGCUAGGUCUAUUUUUCAACAAGGUUGUAAGGCAGUAGAUUCUGGUAUGAAUCCAAUGGAUUUAUUAAGAGGGAUAAAUAAAGGGGUUGACAAAGUUUUAGAAUAUUUAAAUUCUAUAAAAAAAGAUGUUACAACGACAGAAGAAAUAUUCAACGUAGCUAGUAUAUCAGCUAAUGGUGAUAAAAACAUUGGUCAACUUAUUGCUGAUACGAUGAAAAAGGUUGGAAAGGAAGGAACAAUUACAGUUACAGAAGGAAAGACAUUACAACAUGAAUUAGAAAUAGUAGAAGGAAUAAAAUUUGAUAGAGGUUAUAUAUCACCAUAUUUUAUUAAUAAUAGUAAAGAUCAAAAGGUUGAGCUUGAUAAGCCAUAUAUUCUUAUUCAUGAAAAAAAAAUUUCAAGUGUUAAGUCUUUAUUACCUGUAUUAGAACAUGUUUUACAAAAUCAGUCAUCCUUAUUAGUAAUAGCAGAAGAUGUGGAUAGUGAUGCUUUGGCUACAUUGAUAGUAAAUAAAUUAAGGUUAGGUUUAAAAAUAUGUGCAGUAAAAGCACCAGGAUUUGGCGAACAUAGAAAAGCCCUUGUUCAUGAUAUUGCUGUUAUGACAGGUGCUAAAGUGGUUACAGAAGAAACAGGAUUAAAACUAGAUGAUCCAGAUGUUGUUUCUUACUUAGGUAAAGCUAAAUCUAUUAAUGUUACAAAAGAUAGUACUUUAAUUAUGGAAGGGGAAGGGAAAAAAGAUGAAAUAAAUGAAAGAUGUGAAAGUAUAAGAAAUGCUAUAAAAAUGAAUACAUCUGAUUAUGAAAAAGAGAAAUUACAAGAACGAUUAGCUAAGAUUACAGGAGGAGUUGCUUUAAUUAAAGUAGGUGGAAUAAGUGAAGUUGAAGUUAAUGAAAUAAAAGAUAGAAUACAAGAUGCGUUAUGUGCAACGAAAGCUGCUGUUGAAGAAGGCAUAGUACCAGGUGGUGGUAGUGCAUUAUUAUUCGCUUCAAAAGAAUUAGAUUCAGUACAAACAGAUAAUUAUGAUCAACGAGUUGGUGUAAAUAUUAUCAAAGAUGCUUGUAAAGCUCCUAUUAAACAAAUUGCCGAAAAUGCUGGACAUGAGGGAUCAGUAGUAGCUGGAAAUAUUUUGAAAGAAAAAAACUGUAACAUUGGAUUUAAUGCUCAAGAAGGAAAAUAUGUAAAUAUGAUUGAGUCAGGCAUUAUUGAUCCUACUAAAGUUGUUAAGACGGCUAUAUCGGAUGCAGCCUCUAUAGCAUCCUUAAUGACCACAACUGAAGUAGCAAUUGUUGACUUCAAAGAUGGUAAAGGUGAAGAAUCCCAGUCUCAUAUGAAUUCAGUUAACUCCAUGGGAGAUAUGGGUGGCAUGUACUGA